AGUCAAAUAGAUAGUGUUAACAAAUCGCAAUCAUGCACAAAGGUGCGACUACAACGGAUGGACAGCAUGACGGCAAGGCACGUCAAGGGUAUGGUCCACUCCAUCGGACUGGUGAUCGAAUCGAGAAAGAGAACAUCCCCUUUGUUGAUUCGGAUCACGCAGACGAUGGCUUCGACAGCCGCAACAGUCCGGCAGCUUCGACAGCGAUCAGUAGUGUACCGGCGGUUGACCAAGAGAACGAUACUAUGACUGAAAGCCAAGAAAAUCUAGCUCGAGCGUACGUCAAGCGCCAUCAACCCAGUCUAGCUGAACGAAGGAUGCAGGAAAAGUUAACCGUUUCCAUUGACAGCAGCAUCAAUGAUGGGGAUUUGAUCGAAGAAGCGAAGGACAAAGCAACGGAGCUGAAGUUAGUUGACGAUCGGGCGCGAGCAUUGCGCCGAAAUUCCAUUUCCCUACCAAGUUUGAACGUUAAUGAGCUAGAAGCAUUAAGAUUGGGACAUCAGGGCCACGAUGGUUCAGUAUCGGCAAUGGAUUCCGGAUCAGACUCUCUGUCCGAAGAGAAUACUUUUACACCAGAAACUCCAAUAACGCCGGCGAACUUUAAACCUAUGUUACAGUUUAAUGAUAAUAGCAGUAGCGACGAGGAUGAUAAACGGCGUAACAAAAAUCUCUUUCGUACCAAACGACGGUCUUCGAUUGCACCACUGCCAGCCUUGCGGCUGAACGACAAGGAAAUGAUGUCGAACGACUUCGACACACACAGCGUGCUGAGCAAUCAGGCUUCGAUUACCAGCGUCAACUCUUUGGCCAGUUUGUUGAAGGAAAAAAUGCAGAAUGUGCCCGCUAUCAUCCGCAAGAAGAAACGCGAAACUAAAGACUACAAACUCCGUGUGUUUGUCGGUAUGUUGUUUCUUAUCAUCGUGUUUUUGGUCGGCUACGCGUACGUCAUGUACAAUCAGAAGCUGUUGGCCAAAUCGUACUUCGAGAGCAUAAAGUUUCAUAAAAAAACGCGGAACUUCCGGCUGCUUGACGGCAAGAGUGCAGAGCUGUUAACCGGUGUUCUGGGUACUUCACUGACCAUUGAACAACCUUACAACUGUUUACCGAAGGAUCUAAAAGACGAUGGCAGUGUAUGCUACGAGUGGAACUCCAAAGCUCGACUUUACAUGAAUCUUGCGAAAUCUCCGGGCCCGGACAUUAAAUGCUACUCCUUUCAAUGGGAAUCACUGUUGAACGACCUCUACCCGACGGAUUGUUUCGACGUUUCGGAAGAGCGUGGCUUUUGGUAUGGCGGAGGUUUGACCAAGGGCAUUGAAUAUAUUCUAGGUAAAGCGUCGAUUCCCGCCGGACCUUUCGUAACCGGUGAUAUCAAUACACAUCAGUGGGGCAAUGCGUUGAAGCGAUAUUUUCUAAACUCACGCGGCGUGGCCAUUCAGGUGGAUGAGAAAACUCCACUAUACAUAAGCGUUAACACCGAUUCUGGUGGACGCCGGUUGUGCUUGCAGGGGAGAAAUGAUAAAUUCGCUUUUGUAAAUCAUCAGACCCGUUUUCCCGAGCUAAAGUACACAAUUUGUUCGGGGCCGGAUAUGAAAACGCUCCACAAUGGGCUUAUGCAGAAAAGCUUAUGGGACGGAUUGACGGAGAGGGAUAAUGAUGUGAUAAAAUCGCUGCUGCGUGAACCAGUAUGGCAGAUACCGGCCUCGAAACAGGAAGAUCUCACGGAGAUGGCCAUCUACAACUACACGGAAAGCAUCAUAGCACUCGGAUAUCUUCGGCUGGGGCAUGUUCUAGUGAACGAGUUUUGGCAGCGAACCAUCGGUGAUUUCCGUCUGGAUGCGGAACGAUUUCCUACGCUGGAUGAGACGGUGAACAUCCUCCAUCGGCGGGGAUUCCGUGUGUCAUUUAUGAUUCAACCGUUCAUCAGCACCGAAAGCACCAACUUCCGGGAGGCAGUUGCCAAAAAGUUACUCAUAUACGAACGAGAGUCGGAAAGAAGCAUUCCGGCGCUCACGCGAUAUAAAAGCACUACCAGUGCUGGAGUGCUCGAUGUGACAAACAAUGCGUCAAUUCCUUGGCUUGCAGAAAAGUUGAAAAAAAUAUCCGAGACGGUGGAGAUUGAUUCGUAUUUUGUGGAUUUUGGGACUGCCUUCAACAUUCCCCGGUACUAUCAGUGUUCCCAAACUUUGGUCAAUCCGGAUGAGUACAAAAACUACUUCAUGGAACGGUUCGAGGGCACGCUGAGCAUCUUUGGUGUAUCGAGUGCCAUUUCCGUGCCGCGACCACCAUCCUUCUUGAGCCUACCACCAGUGAACAGUUCUUGGAGCGGAUUGCAAAGCAUCAUUCCCACCAUGCUUUCAUAUGGCAUAAUCGGCUUUCCGUUUCUAAUGCCCGGUCCCGUGGGUGGAGAUUUCGUGCUGCCUACUCAACAGCUGAAGAAAAUGUAUUCAUACUAUUCAUUUGAAUUGCCACCACUGCCCGAUAAGGAGCUUUACAUUCGUUGGCUUCAGCUUGCCACGUUUUUACCUGUUUUGCGUUUUACACACCUGCCUUCGGAAUAUCGGGAUGAUACGGUGACGGCAAUAGCGAAAGAAUUGGCUGACGUUCGCCAAAGAGUGCUUCCUUUGCUCGAACGCUUUUCGAGCAUUGCCAUGGACGAAGGAUUACCAAUUAUACGCCCGCUGUGGAUGCUAGACUCGACAGAUGUAAAUUGUUUUUCGAUCGAUGAUGAAUUCUCGAUCGGCGAUGGAAUGAUUGUGGCUCCCGUGCUCGAACGUGGUGAGACGGUCCGUGAAGUUUAUUUACCACAGGGUGUAUGGAAGGACGGUAUUGAUGAAUCGUUGCGAAAAGGAAGCCGCUGGAUUCAUAACUAUCAUGUACCGCAGAAUAAGGUUGCUUAUUUUAUCAAAAUGCCUGACAAUACCCGUUUUUAGAUCAGAUGCAAAACCAGUAAAUAUACUAUUUAUUCUAUUAAAUAAAGUUUUAUUAAAUACAAAC